CACACACACACGUGUGGCAAAAGCGAGUUCCUGUGCGUGCUGGAAGCAUUGGUGAAAUAUGCAUUUUUGUUGGUAGACAAAUGCUGUAGAAAAAUAUCCAAGUUGUUGUUAACAGCAUACCUUAUUAGUUCAAGAUGUCGGCCAGAGAUGCAGAAGAUGACAGACUGGAAUCAGACGAAGCGAUGAAUCUCGAGUCGCCUCCCGUUGUAACACGGACACGCAGUGGUCGUCGAGUACGGAUUCCAUCUGCUCUACUAGACUCUGAAGUGACCACUCUGUCGAAAACACCCAUGCGCCGAACAAGAAAAUCAGUUAUUCAAGAGGUACCCAUCGUGUCUGAAACACCAAACACAGAUGAAUGUCAAGCUAUUGAUGGAAAAUCGGAAUCGAUACCGACCAGAAACACAACCGAGGUGGAGGCCACUGAUCAAGUGACAUUUGCCCUGACCAAAGAAUCCACUGUUUCGCAGUCUGCAUUGUCUACAGAUAUCCCCAUGGACAGCGUCAGUGCUGAUAAAUCCGCAGGUGUGAGGUCAGAUAAGUGCAAUGAGAAGGAGAACCGUGGUAACUCUAAUGUAAGUUUAGACACAUGUCCUUUAAAUGGAGAAUUGAAGAAAAGGACUCAGGAUUCAGAAUCUAUCGUGAAACACACGCCGAUGAUACCGUUGGGAAAACCCAAAUCCGGCCGUGUCUGGAAAGACCGCAACAAGCAAAGAUUCUCAGCUCUGCUGAGGGACAAGCCAUUACGCACAUCUUGGGAGAAAAAGAUGGAGGCGAGGAGGGAGAAGGAACUUGUGAAGAAAUAUCACCAGCAGCUGAAAGAAGAGAAAGCUAGAGAGAAACAGGAGAAGAGGAAAAGGAGAGAGGAGAACCUGAAGAGAAGGGCUGAAAAUGAAAGGAAGGCAGAGAUCGUUCAAGUGAUCCGCAACACAGCAAAGAUUAAGAGAAUGAAGAAAAAGCAACUGAGGAAGAUUGAGAAGCGGGACACUUUACCCAUGAUACAAAAGUCACAACCCAGUAAUGGCAAACUGGCUGGGAAGCCACCAAAUGGGGACUGAGAGGAUACAGUGCCCUGUUAGCUUGAUAUAGCUGUAGACUGUCAGUAACAGUUGUCAGUGGCAACACAUUUGUAAUAUUCUAUAAAACAUCAGUUUGCACCUCUAACUGUCAGUGCCUAUUUUGAUGCAUAACUGAUCUGAAUUUGUCUAUUAAACAAGAAAUAUUGUGUUACA